AUGGGCGUAGGACAGCGGGGACGCGGCGGCGGCGCUGCUGAAACAACUGCGAGGGUUCGGAGCCGUGGGAGUACUACGCGCCCACGCGCGAGGAAGGCUGGUGAGAGAUGCCGGCGAGCAGGGGGCGCCCAGGCCCAAGAGCCGGCACCCGCCGCCUUCCCCGGCAGCCCAGAGUCGCCGCCUCAGGCUGCAAGUGAGACUCUUAGGAGACCAGACCACAUGGCUUCCCAGAAGAACCUCCAGUGGCGUCUGAUGUGGACAUUCCUGAUGUAUGCUCCCCUUCUACAGUAUGAUUUCAACAUGUCCUUCUGCGAUGGUUCUCUGAUUGUGUAUGUGAAUGGGUAUGAAAGCAGCACAGCCAAGACCGCAGCUGAGAAGUCUCCUGGAGCCUACUUCCUUCCUGAGUUUGCGCUGUCUCCUCAAGGAAGUUUCCUGGAAGAUACAACAGGGGAGCAGUUCCUCACAUAUCGCUAUGAUGACCAGACCUCAAGAAACGCUCAUUCGGAAGAAGACAAAGAUGGCAACUGGGACGCGUGGGGCGACUGGAGUGACUGCUCCCGGACCUGUGGAGGAGGGGCCUCGUACUCCCUGCGACGGUGUUUGACAGGCAGGAAUUGUGAAGGGCAGAAUAUUCGAUACAAGACUUGCAGCAACCAUGACUGCCCUCCGGAAGUGGAAGACUUCAGAGCCCAACAGUGCUCGGCUUACAAUGAUGUGCAAUAUCAGGGACGCUAUUAUGAAUGGCUCCCCAAAUACAACGAUCCCACUGCGCCUUGUGCCCUCAAGUGCCAUGCACGAGGACAGAACCUGGUGGUGGAGCUGGCGCCCAAGGUGCUGGAUGGAACCCGUUGUCACACUGAUUCCCUGGACAUGUGUAUCAGCGGCAUCUGUCAGACGGUGGGCUGCGACCGACAACUGGGGAGCAACGCCAAGGAGGACAACUGCGGCGUCUGUGCCGGCGACGGCGCCACCUGCAGGCUGGUGCGGGGACAGUCCAAGUCUCACGUUUCUCCUGAAAAACGAGAAGAAACGGUGAUUGCUGUGCCUCUGGGGAGUCGAAGCGUGAGAAUCACAGUGAAAGGACCUGCCCAUCUCUUCAUCGAAUCAAAAACUCUUCAUGGAAGCAAAGGAGAGCACAGCUUCAACAACCCUGGCAUCUUCAUGAUUGAAAACACGACAGUGGAAUUUCAGAAGGGCUCCGAGCGGCAGACCUUUAAGAUCGCAGGGCCUCUGAUGGCCGAUUUCAUCUUCAAGACCAGGUACACUGUGGCCAAAGACAGCGUGGUCCAGUUCUUCUUUUACCAGCCCAUCAGUCACCAGUGGCGACAAACUGACUUCUUUCCCUGCACUGUGACAUGUGGAGGAGGGUAUCAGCUCAGUUCUGCAGAGUGCGUGGAUAUCCGCUUGAAGAGGGUGGUGCCUGACCACUACUGCCACUACUACCCUGAAAAUGUUAAACCUAAACCCAAACUGAAGGAAUGCAGCAUGGACCCUUGCCCAUCCAGUGAUGGAUUUAAAGAGAUCAUGCCCUACGACCACUUCCAGCCUCUCCCUCGCUGGGAACAUAACCCUUGGACUGCGUGUUCCGUGUCCUGUGGUGGAGGGAUCCAGAGGCGGAGCUUCGUGUGUGUGGAAGAAUCCAUGCAUGGAGAGAUACUGCAAGUGGAAGAGUGGAAAUGCAUGUAUGCACCCAAGCCCAAGGUCAUGCAAACCUGCAAUCUAUUCGAUUGCCCCAAGUGGAUUGCCAUGGACUGGUCUCAGUGCACGGUGACCUGUGGCCGGGGGUUGCGUUACCGGGUUGUCCUGUGCAUCAACCACCAAGGACAGCACGUGGGAGGCUGCAACCCACAACUGAAGCUGCACAUCAAAGAGGAGUGUGUCGUUCCUAUCCCAUGCUAUAAACCCAAAGAAAAGAGUCCAGUGGAAGCUAAAUCGCCUUGGCUGAAACAAGCACAAGAACUGGAAGAGACCAGAACAGCAUCAGAAGAACCCAUGUUCAUUCCAGAACCCUGGUCGGCCUGCAGCACCACCUGCGGUCCAGGUGUCCAGAUCCGUGAGGUCAAGUGCCGCGUGCUGCUCAAGUUCACACAGACGGAGACUGAGCUGCCUGCAGAGGAGUGUGACGGCCCCGAGCUGCCCAGCGAGCGGCCCUGCCUCCUGGGAGCCUGUGAAGAGGGCCUCACCUCCUCAGGGCCAGACACCCUCCUCCAGGAGAAGGACAGUGAGACGACCUAUGACUGGGAGUACGCCGGCUUCACUCCCUGCACAGCGACCUGCUUGGGAGGCCGUCAGGAAGCCAUAGCUGUGUGUGUACACAUGCAGACCCAGCAGGCAGUCAAUGACAGCUUGUGCGAUGUGGUCCAUCGUCCCCCGGCCAUGAGCCAGGCCUGUAACACGGAGCCCUGCCCGCCCAGGUGGCAUGUAGGCACGUGGGGGCCCUGCUCAGCUACCUGUGGAGUUGGCAUCCAGACCCGAGAUGUGUACUGCCUGCAUCCCGAGGAAGCACCUGCCGCUCCUGAGGAGUGCCAAGACGAAAAGCCCCACGCCUUACAAGCGUGCAAUCAGUUCGACUGCCCGCCAAGCUGGCACAUUGAAGAGUGGCGGCAGUGUUCCAGGACAUGCGGUGGAGGGACUCAGAACCGGAGGGUCACCUGCCGGCAGCUGCUGACAGAUGGCAGUUUUUUGAACCUCUCGGAUGAGCUAUGCCCAGGGCUCAAGGCUUCCUCUCAUAAGUCCUGUGCCAGGACAGACUGCCCUCCAUAUUUGGCUGCAGGAAACUGGUCAAAGUGCUCCGUCAGCUGUGGUGCUGGAACUCAGAGAAGAAAGCAGGUGUGCCAAAGGCUGACGGCCAAAGGCCGCCGUGUGGCUGUCAGCGAGGCGAUGUGCAGGGCUCUGCCUGGGUUCCCGCUGGUCCGAAGUUGCCAGAUGCCUGCAUGCAGCAAAGUCAAACCAGAGAUGAAGGCCCAGUCAAGCGAGCAGCGUCCUCAGAUACUCAGCGUGCAGAGAGUGUACAUUCAGACUAGGGAAGAGAAGCGGAUCAACCUGACGGUGGGGAGCAGAGCCUACUUGUUACCCAACACGUCUGUGAUCAUCAAAUGCCCCGUGCGACGAUUCCAGAAGCAUCUGAUCCGCUGGGAGAAGGACGGCCGCUGCGUUCACAACUCCAAACGGCAUGGUGUCACCAAGUCAGGCUCGCUAAAAAUUCACAGCCUCGCAGCCCCGGACAUCGGCGUGUACCGGUGCCUGGCUGGCCCCGCGCAGGAAACGGUUGUCCUCAAGCUGAUUGGAACUGACAACCGGCUCAUGGCGCACCCGGCCCUGAGAGAGCGCAUGAAGGAGUUUCCCGGGAUAGACCACAAUGAGGCCAAUGGCUUGGGAGCCACGUGGCAUAAAAUGUGGCAAACGCGGAGUAAUAAAAAUGAGCUCCAUCCGCCAGAUGGACGCAUCCAUAACCAGCCUUUUUUGAGAGCUCUUUUAGGCCAUUGCAGCGAUCCUGCAGGUGACCCCAACACCUGGGAGUACAAGAACAAACAGUUUGAAGCGGCUGUGAAGCAGGGCGCCUACAGUAUGGAUACAGCCCAGUUUGAUGAGCUGAUAAGAAACAUGAGCCAGCUGCUGGAGAUGGGAGAGGUCAGCGAUGACCUGGCAUCCCAGGUGAUCUACCAGAUAGUGGCCGAAUUAGCUAAGGGGCAGCUGGCACACAUGCAGUGGGACGGUCUCCGGGAAGAUGCGCCUCCCGCAGCUCAGCUCAGGGGGCAGACCGGGAGUGUGCCCCACAGCUGGAGUGCAAAAAAGACAUGGAAACCCAAGGAACGGACUCCUGUCAGGCAAAAUCAACCCGUCUCCAUUUCAUUUAACAAGACGCUCAACGCAAGGAUUGGAAAUACAGUGUACAUUACCACAAAGACAGAGAUCAUCAAUAUACUGUGUGACCUGGCUGCCGCCCGGGGGGCCACCUACACAUGGACCAAGGAUGGAGCCCGGUUACAGCCCUCGGCAAAAAUAAUUAUGGAUGGAGCUGGAAAGAUACAGAUACGGAAUCCCUCACGGAAAGAACAAGGAAUAUAUGAAUGCAGUGUGGCUAACCAUCUUGGUUCCAAUGUGGAAAGUUCUUCUGUGCUGUACGCAGAGGCCCCAGUCAUCUUGUCUAUUGAAAAAAACACCACGAAGCCGGCACACAAACAUCUGUCUGUAGUGGUCGGAGGCCUCGUAGAGGCAGCCCUUCAAGCAAAUGUGACAAUCCAGUGUCCUGUGAGAGGUGCCCCCCAGCCUAUUAUAACUUGGUUGAAGAGAGGAGGAUCUCUGAGUGACAAUGUUUCCUUGCUUUUCAAUGGAUCCCUGUUGUUGCAGAACGUUUCCCUUGAAAAUGAAGGAACCUACGUCUGCACAGCCACCAAUGCUCUUGGACAGGCAAUGGCGACGUCUGUGCUCCAGGUGCUGGAACGAAGAUGGCCAGGCAGUAAUACAGUAUUUCCUAAGGGACAUAAAAAGCAUAUUCUGCAGGAACGCCAGCCUGGAGCCAACAGUACUGACCCAACAGGAGAACAUCCAUCUCGAGAGCCUUUUUGGGAGCCUAGUAACUGGUCACCUUGUUCUGCCACCUGUGGCCACUUGGGUUUCCGCAUUCAGAGACUUCGGUGUGUGCUGGCCAGUGGGCAGGAAGUAAGCGAGGCCCGUUGUGGUCAUCUCCGUAAGCCACGGGCCGGGUUCCAGCCAUGUAAUAUCCGGGACUGCCCAGCGAGGUGGUUCACAAGUGCGUGGUCAGAGUGCUCUGUGUCUUGUGGCGAGGGAUUCCAGAGUCGACAAGUGACGUGCAAGCGGACGAGAGCCAAUGGAACCGCACAGGUGGUGUCUCUGAGGGCGUGCGCCUCUAAAGACCAACCUCUGGGAAGGAAGCCAUGUUCCGGCCACCCGUGUGGUCAGUGGGUCGUCGAGCCAGGGAGCCAGUGUCCUGGACGUUGCCUGGGCCGUGCCGUGCAGACGCCCCCCGCUUGUCAGCACCACAAUGGCUCUGACUCCAGCUGUGAGGACAUUCAGAGACCCACCCUCAGGAAGAACUGCUCGGCUGGGAACUGCGACGUGUGUUGGCGCCCCGGCCCUUGGAGGGCCUGCACGGUGGCCUGCGGCCGGGGCGUCCAGUCUCGGCGGGUGGAUUGCAUCCACACGAGGAGCUGCAAGCCGGUGGCCGAGAGGCUUUGCCUGCAGAAGCGGAAGCCGACUUCCUGGCGACACUGCCUGGGGCCUUCCUGUGAUGGAGCCUGUGUGGACACAACUCACUACUGUAUGUUUGUGAAGCAACUUAACUUGUGUCCGCUAGAGCUCUACAGACGGAGGUGCUGCCAGGCCUGUCAAGAGGGGUAA